AUGUUUCCAAGAUAUUUUAAUGUUUUAAAAUUUCUUAAUAGAAAAUCAAACUACAGCUGUCCGAACAAUCUCGUUGUUUCUCUGACCUGUUUAUCGCACGAUUGCGGUUCAAGGCACGUAAAAACGGGCAACUUUAGAAGUAAAUACAUUAUUUAUGGUGACAAGGUGGCAAAAGGCGAGUACCCCUGGCAAGUGAAAUUGAACUGCGGUAGGCAGCUUUGUGGUGGAAGCGUCAUAAGAUCAGACUGGAUUAUCACGGCUGCACACUGCGUCAUGCUCAAUAAAGCUAUUUUCAACACAAAAGAUUGUACGGUAGCAGUCGGAGCUGUUUAUAUGAACGAUCACAACUGGCUGCUAUACGGAGCUGAAGCACUCCUGCCACAUAAAGAUUACGUGGAAAAAAAUCAUGAGAAUGAUAUUGCUUUAAUAAAAUUGAAGAGAAAAAUAAAUAUUUCGCCGUACGUACAAACGAUAUGCCUACCAAAGAAGCCUUAUAGUAAGGAAGAUUUCUCUUAUUGCAUUAGUAGUGGCUUUGGGAAAACGAUUAGAGACCAGGUCUCGCACACUUUGUUGCAGCAGAGAAUGAUAAUAAGAAAUGAUUGCGGUCUGCUGAGAUUGCAACAGAAAUCUGGUUUCUAUAAUAAAUCGAGCAAGCUCUGUGUCGGAACGACAGGAGAUUAUUAUCAGGAAAGUACAAUAAGUACAUGUCUGGGAGAUAGUGGGGGACCUUUUGUUUGUAGAUCUGCUACAGAAGAUAGAUGGACAUUGUUCGGUGUUCACAGUUUUGUUUCAGGAGUGAUCACGGACCUGGAAACAGAUUCCUGCAAGCAAAGUUUCGAAUCAAACGUUUACAAGUACAUGGACUGGAUCACUACCACAAUAAGUCUACACAAGAGAAAUGCGACUGAUGAUGCUGUCUGA